UCAAAAUCAAAUCAAUUCAGCGGUGGGCUAUUCUGCUACGACUCCCCUUCAACGUUUCCCUUUUUGGCCUUUUCAAAUGACCGAAUUUCUUGCAAGGAAAAGUCUUUUAAAAGAAUUUACUUAUUUUUUCGAUUGAACCGUACGAGAGAGAGAGAAAGAGGGGAGAUCAUUCAGCAGCAGCAGCAGCAGCAUCAGCGUCAGCAUAUUCCUUUCCUUUCCUUCCCUUGCCGCCUCCUCUUCUUUUCCUCUCGACCCAACAAACAAUUAACCCCUUUCGUUUUCGUUUUCUUUUUUUCCUUCUCUUUCCAGAAUCAGUCAGAUCUUUCUUGUAAAGGAGGAGGUGAUCUGCCCAUCUCAAACAUUCCUUCAUCUUCCAUCCUUUACACGCCCCUUCCCUUCCCAGGUGCCAUUAUCUUUGGAAAGAUGCAUGAACUCGAAGUUGCGUUCGACUUUCCUGUCUUGAGAUGGAUAACUCUUUCCCCAGUUGCAUUUAAACGUGACUAAGCUCUGUUAUCAGAUUCAGGUUCAAAUGAACUACUGCAAGAAACCGUAGCCAUAUCAAGAAUUCUACCGAGAGCGAGUAAUAGUUCACCAUGGGAAAUGAUUGGUUGUACUUCAUUGAACCUGAUGGCAGUUCAAGUGGGUUUUUUCUUAUGGAUCCGCUUCUCUCCCAUAUUACUUCUUUGGUUGACAAUUCAAGAUAUCUUUUUAUGCCCGGAAGUUUGGCCAUUCAAGAAGCUUUUGGCAGCAUGUCAAAGUUUUCUGGUGCCGUUGUUAUCUGGCUUUUGCGGGGAUCAAGUCUCAAUAUUAACCAUAAAUUACCCCGAAAAUUCAGUUGCUCAAAUGUUUUGACACAAGUAAAGCACAUACCUUCUAUUAAAUGUGAUUUAACAGGAUUUUUUAGAAAGUCGAAGUGCAGAAGGGAAAUAUCUGCCAUUCCGUUGGCUGGUAAGCUUUCUAAUUUUGCUCUGGGACAAAUGUGGAAGGAGGUUGAAUGGCUCCAGUCGUUCCCAGUGCUCUCAUUAAUGGCUGCAAUGGUACCGCCAUUCACAAAUGUUGCUUCGAAUAUUCUAACCAUUCCAUUGGAGGCGGGAUCUGUGGAAGCACAGGGAUCACUUGAUCAAAGACCCUGUGAGAUUGAGAAUCGAGGAUGUGGACCCUGCACUGAUCUUUACUUACAAAAUUUAGCUUGGUCAAAGACAACUGAACCUAGAACUGGCAUUGAGUUCCCUACUUUAUUGGACAACUCUAUUUGCGACGAAAGGAGUUCAACAUUCACUCCUGAGGUCCUUGUUGGAACUGGUUCAAGAACAAUGACCAUAGUAAGGAUUAAAUCUCUGAAACUCUAUGCAUUUGGCUUCUAUGUUCAUCCUUUUGAUGUCUGUGAGAAAUUGGGUCCAAAGUAUAGUUGCAUUCCAGAGGAUGAAUUGUACAAGAAUCAAGACUUUUAUCGGGAUCUUCUAAGGGAGGAUAUCAACAUGACACUUAGGCUUGUUGUCAAUUGCAAUGGGAUCAAAAUCAAUACCGUGAAAGAUGCUUUCGAGAAAGCCCUCAGAGUCCGAUUAGCAAGAACAAAUCCUGAUACUGAUUUUGGCUGCCUACAAACAUUCGGUACCCUCUUCUCAAAGGAUAUUCCCCUACAUGUGGGAACAACAAUUAAUUUCCGUCGAACAGCUGAUGGACAUCUAGUUACUGAAGUGGGUGGGAAUAAUCUUGGGGCAGUCCAUAGCAUAGACUUAUGCAGGGCCUUUUUUGGCAUGUACAUUGGUGAUGUUCCUGUAUGUGAACAAACGAAAGAAGAAAUUGGUAAAAAUGUAGCUAGCAUCAUUGGGACGUGCUGAGGUUGAGGCUAAGGCUACUUAAUGCUUUUGAUGUACGGAACCUGCACUGCUGAAAGAUAUUGAGGUUGUGGGACCUGUGGAAAUGAUUAAGGAUUGCAAGUUCAGUGUUUCUAGGCUUAUUCUUUCCUUGUGGUAAGUGAUGGAUCGAUCAUUCCAAUAGGGGGCUGUAGUUUAUGUCAAGAAGCCCUAUAGUUUUUACCAGGGCUUCCGCCAUGAUUCUUUGUUACUUGCUACAGCAAGAGAUUGUCCUUGUUGCCCCUACAACCAAGAAAGUGUAGUGUAAUUACCAAUUCAUUUACUUGAGUUACGAUAUGAAUCAUCAUCAUCCAAGGAUGAAUAUAUAUAUAUAUAUUGUUGCGGAAA